UGGAUCCUAUCCUUGCAACAGCAGCAAAAACUAAAACAAAAGGCCAAUGUCGUUUACGCAAUUCCCAUCAUCAUGUUUCAGAACAACCCCAAUUCCCACUUUUUCAUUGCCCAUUAGAGCAUCAUCUCGUCUCUCUCUGCCAACCACUCACAGCUUAAACCCAACCGGUUUCCGAAAUUGGGUCCCAGAUUUUAGCGCCAAGUCCUUGAAUUGGGUCUUCUCUGGUGCUAUUGCUCUCACUUUAUCCGUAACAGGGGCUGGGUUGGCGGAGGCAAAAGUUGGGGUUAACAAGCCGGAAUUACUUCCUAGAAACUUCACUCCGGUGAUUGAUGUAGCAGGCUUCCUCUCUGAUGGCCAGGAGAAAAGACUCGCUCAGGAGAUCAGUGAUAUUGAAAAGGAUACCGGCUUUAAAUUGAGAGUUUUGGCCCAAAAUUACCCUGACACGCCAGGAUUGGCAAUCAAAGACUUUUGGCAAGUAGAUGAUAGCACUAUAGUUUUUGUUGCUGAUCCCACAUUUGGCAAUAUAUUAAAUUUCAAUGUUGGGGCUACAGUUGACUUAGACAUUCCCCGAAGCUUUUGGAGCCGUUUGGCAGGGAAAUACGGAAAUAUGUUUUACUGGAAAGAGAAGGGGGAAGAUGCAUCUAUUGAAGCUGCUGUCAUGGCAAUAUCCAAUUGCUUAAGAGAACCUGUGGGGCCAAGUAAUUGCUCCGAGGUAAAAUAGCACUAUAUCAGUACUACAAGAAUGAUUUGUUCCUUAUGUUUUUCUUUCCAUUCCACUUGGUGAAUAAUCUUCGGCAACUGACUUUUUAUAGGUCAAUGAAUAUAUACAUUAUGUACUAUUAUAAACCUAGUGCUAAAUGAAUAUGAUUUUCUCUUUUUCGCUAGAUCGAUACCUAUUCUCUCUACCAAUCAUGUAAUGUUUCUCACUUUGAAUUGAAGAAAUGAAAUUUGUGUAGCAUUAGAAAUUUAGAAAACAAUAUAUGAACCAUGUUACGAAUCUCAUAUCUUGUCCUCAUGUAUGUAUCCUUAGGCUUGUUGGAUGUAUAUUUAACAAUCU